UGUUGAAUUUAAGUGGUAGCAACGGCAGCAAUACUGGCCUGGGGUAGAGGCAGUUUGGUCAUUUCGAUUUGAAAUUGGCGGCACGAGUGUACUGUGAUAUUUGAGCUGGGAUUCGAUGGCGUUGGGAUGGUUUGCAUACCUCGAGUUAAAGAGUUCACUUUGUCAUUCGCGGUACCUUUGUAUUCUCCUUUUCAUUUCUGCCAUUUCCUAUCAAUCUUUAUUUCUGCAUUUCUUCUUGUUAUGUUCUCGUCACAGAUCGAAACCUGGUGUUUGGAUGAUUCAUUGGUGUGCUUUUUGGGCCUCGUCAGAAUGCAUGGGUAUUGGCAGUCCUUUUACUGUAUAUUCUGCCUUGAUGACAAUGAUCGACAUCUAGCACGAAACCUGGGUUGGCUAAGUCAGCUCGCCAAGAGCGACUCGGGAGCGAUCAGGUAGAACACGAUUGGCUCUUUAUGAGAUAAGAUAUGUUCGAUACGGUUCCGCUAUGUAGUCGAUCAGGACCUUACAUAUGAUGCGGCGAUGACACCGGACAAAAUAAAAAAGCUUGCAGCGCAUGCGGCAGCGACCUUAAGAUGGCAUUUUA